AUGGCCGACACGGCGGAGAACGACCUGCAGCCACUAACUCCGGCCAGCCGCCUCUUCCUUCAGCCGCUGACCAACCAGGUCAUCAACUGCGCUGUCGCCUGCGACCAUCCCAUCGACCCCGACGCCCUGAAAGCGGAGCUCCAAGACUCCGCCAUCCUCACCCACCCAAGGUUCAGCAGCCUCCUCGUGACCGACACGCGCGGCCGCCAGCACUGGCGCCCGACCUGCGUCGACCUCGGCCGCCAUGUCAUCAUCCGUCGGGAGCCCGUCUCCUCGGUCAAUGGGUACGUCGCGGACCUCACGGUCUCGUCCCCGCUCGCCGCCGACAAGCCCCUGUGGGAGGUUCACGUGCUGGACAGGGCAGUGGUUUUCCGAGUGCACCACGCACUAGGGGACGGUGCCUCACUGAUGUCGGUGCUGAUGUCGUGCUGCCGGAGGACGGAUGGUGAUCUGGCUCGGUCGCGGGAGAUGUUUGCCGCCACCGGCGGCAGAGGCGGCGGGAGGGGGUGGAUAUUUUGGACGGCGGUUAGGGUGGCAUGGUUGACCUUGGUUUAUGUUGUGGAGUUUGUUUUGAGGAUGGUGUGGUUGAGGGACAGGGCCACGGUGGUUAGCGGCGGGGAUGGGGUGGAGUUGUGGCCGAGGAGGCUGGCCACGGCGAGGUUCCGGUUGGAUGAUAUGAAGGCCGUGAAAGGGGCGGUCGAUGGUUCGACGAUUAAUGACGUUCUUUUUGGGAUAAUCUCAAGCGGGCUCUCGAGGUACUUGGACAUGAGAUCACCCAUAGCUGUAAGAGAAGGGGAGAAGAUCACAGGCAUGGCCAUGGUCAAUUUGAGAAAGCAACAGGUCGAGUCUACGACAAGAUGGGGCAAUCAAUUUGGGGUGAUCCUUUUGCCUGUUUACUAUCACAAGAACUAUUCAAAUCCUCUGGAUUUUGUCAAGACAGCAAAAACAAUGAUAGACAAGAAGAAACUCUCCCUUGAGGCUCUCUUCACUUACAAAUCCAUGCACUUGAUCACUUCUCUUUUUGGAGCUAAGUUUACGAGCAUUCUCAAUCAUCGACUUGUUUGCAACUCGACUUUUACGAUCUCAAACGUAAUCGGGCCCCAAGAAAAAGUCACGCUCGCCGGCAACCCGGUUAAGUACAUUAGGGUGACUUCUAGCAGCCUGCCUCACGCAAUCACAAUGCACAUGGUGAGCUAUGCAGGAUUUGCUGACAUGCAGAUUUUGGUGGCUAAGGAUAUAAUUACAGACCCCAAGUUUUUGGCUAAGUGUUUUGAGGAUGCUUUACUUGAAAUGAAGCAAGCUGCAGCAGAGGAUAUUAAUGAAGUUAACAAAUCUUAA